AACAAAAAAAUGGCUACCAUUGGUGAUGAUGGAGAUUUGCAUUCAUCAAAUAAUAAUAAUAAUAAUAAUGCAACUGAAGAAGAUGUUGAUCCAGUAGAUGCAUAUCGUCAAUCAUUAUCCGAUCUAGUUAUGAAUUCUAAACCACAUAUCGUAAUGUUAACAAUGUUGGCCGAAGAAUCCAAAGACACAAGAGCCGUCGAAAUUGUUGACUGUAUUGAACAACGUUUAUUGCAAGUUAAUAAGGAUAUUAAAUUACCUACAUUAUAUCUUAUUGAUUCUAUUUGUAAAAAUGUUCGUGAUUCAUGUUAUUUAAAAUUAUUUCAAAAACGUAUUGUUAAACUUUUCUGUCAUGUAUUCGAAAAAUCUGAUGAAAAAACAAGACUUUUGUUAUAUAAACUACGACAAACAUGGAAUACAUUUUUUAGUGCCGAAAUUCUUUAUCGAUUAGAUGUAGCUGUCAAAGCUUUGGAUCCUGGUUGGCCAAUUGUGGCCAGAAAACCUAUAGUACAACAAAAUGGAAAUGAUGUUGCUGCUGCUGUUGGUGGUGGUGGUGGUGGUGGUAGUCAAUCAACAAAAGAACAAACUGUCAAACAAAUUGUGAUACCUGUUACGAGAACACAAAAUAUAUCGACAGCACCACCAUCAUCGAAACCGAUUGAAAUAUCACGAUCUAAAUCAAAGUUAACCCCGCCAUCGCCUACAACUCAACGAAUUGUAUUUAAUAGUAAAAUUGAAAUUUUAUCAGAUAAUAAAUCAUCAUCAUCAUCAUCGGCGGCGGCGACAAAACAAUCAUCAACCACCACCGGUGGUACUGUACAUCCAACAAUAAUUCAUUUAAAUCAAAAUGAUAUCAUUUCAAAACGUAAUCAAAUUGAAAAUGAAUUACGUAAAGAAUUGAUUAGUAAAGCUGCAGCUGCUGCUGCUGCCAAUAAUAAUAAUAAUAAUAAAGUUAAUAAAAAUAAUCAAUUAUCAUCAAAUUCGAAUAAAAGAAAAUUAAUAUAA